AUGGGUUGUUGGUCGGCUGAAAAUGCCAAUAAAGCUUUUCUCAAAACCAUGAACAUGGGAAAGAGAGCUACAGAACCAAACGGAGCAGAGUUUAUCUCCGCGCUCGCAGCAGGAAAUAAUGUACAACUUAUGGUAGUUGCUUGUGCAAAUGUUGCAGACUCCACCACCCUUGCACUGGUGGUGGCAGCUCAACAAACAGGAGGACGUUUCGUAGGAGAAGGGCUGCUGCUGACCAGAAUUGGUACAAAGGCGAAAAAGGUUACGGCUCAGGGGAUGGAAAAUAGAGGACAUUGGAUUGUUAAGGUAGAUAAAUGCAUAGGAGAAGAACAUGUAUACAGAGUAAAAUCUCCUCGAAUGAGAGUGGUUGAAGCCUAA